AUGAACACGGUGAAAUCCUUCUGGCUCGGCUGGGGCUCCCUCUGCGUCGCUGGCGCCGGCGCCUACGUCUUUGCCAAGCGCGAAAUCAAUGCCGACCGCAAGGCCAAGCUCGAGGCCCAUCGCCAGAAACGUAACGAUAUCCGUGCCAUGGAGUAUGGUCCGUCGCAGCCCAUGAACCCUAGCAGUACCACCGGCUCCUCCCGGCCCGAGACCGAUAAUGCCGGCUCGCCCAGCGCCGAAUCCAACAAUGAUCCCUCGCCCGCCGGACAGGACCUCAGCCUCGAAGGGGCCCCGAAGAGAGAGAAAGAAGACGUCAGUCCAUACGAGAGUAAAGUAGGCUACCGUAGCCGUAAGGGGGACCGUUUCUCGUGA